UCCGAUUCUUUUGAAAAAAGUUGCCCCAAAGAAAAAGAAAACAACCGUCCCGCCCAUAUUUAUAAAUCCAUUACCAGCGAAGGUAUCCAUGAUGGGCACCUGAACAAGGAAAGCGAAGCGGGGAUUUUCAUCACGCAGAGAAAACAAUUGAAAAAAUGGCGGGGAGUAGCAAUGGAUAUGCAGUGACACCCCACAAAAUAUCCCUCUCUAUUCUUCUACAACUAUGCGUUCCAUGUUUCUAUUCAUCCGAUGCAGAUGAUGGUGAAGCUGUUGCUGCUACUGCAGAAGGGCUUAACUCGCAUCAACGCCGUCGCUUGUCUUACCUUUUAAUCACACUAUUCACGCCUUUUGACAACUUUCUGGAGCCAUCACUUGAAGAAUUGAUAUGGCAAUUAAAAGAAGCUCAACAAGAUAUUGGGGAAGAUUUGGUUGCACAUUUAAUACCUCAUCUUAAAAAGUUGACUUCUCCUGAUGACUUGGUCAAUCUUUUUGCAGGUUUACGAGAUUUGCUAUCUCGUGCUGUGAACGAAGACAAUGAAAUAGUAAAUUCGGAAGGGAAUGAUAAGAAAUUGAACCCCCAUAGUGUUUUGGGAAAGUUUCUACGCCGUUGUAUACUUUCAUUCAAUCUGCUAUCUUUUGAGGAAACAUGCCAUCUUCUGACCAACCUCAAGGCAUACUAUAGACAGUUCAUUAAGUCUGCUUCCAAGGAGCCUAUGUACUUUAAGACUCCAUUGACAAAAAGUGUUCAAGAGGAUAACAGGGAUGUAUUUGAUGAUGAGAAUUUUGGAUAUUACAAUUCAUUUUCCGGUCCACAACAACAUGGAGAUGGAAUGGGGAGAAGAGAACGAGGAAGCCAUCAUUUGGAUGUUUCUGAUCCAUUUGCUCAACUAGUUGGAGAUACAGGUGAAUCAAAAGAUUUCCAAGAUAGCGAUUGGUCUCAAUUGAGUCCAUUAGAGAGUGGACAGGAUUUGGAAUUCACAUGCCCUACUAGAUGUGAUAACAAUCAAAACUUGCUAUUCCUUCGGUCAUAUGGGCAAGUUGAAGGAUAUUUGCGGGAGCAAGCUGAUUUGAUUGAUAAACAUGUUGCACUUUUCCCAAUGAAUGCGUUUGAGGCAAAGUUGAAUCAGCUUGAGAAACUUUCACCAGACUUACAACGGGUGAACUAUUUGCGAUACUUGAAUAGUCUUUAUCAUGGGGACUAUCCUGCUGCUCUGCAGAGUCUUCAUCGGUACUUUGACUACAGUGCAGGGAAGGAAGGAUUUGAUGAUAGUGGACCAUUUCCAACUGGAAGGUUUCAGGCUGUGCUUCUUAGUUUGGGAACCAUGCAUUCUCGUUUUGGACAUCCUAUGCAUGCUUUGAUGGCUCUUACAGAGGCCAUUCAAGAAGCUCAACAGACAAGUGAUAACUCCUGUCUUGCCCAUAUCUUGGCGGCUAUAGGCUAUCUUUUUUCUGAGGUUGGUUUCUCCAGCAACUCCAGAAAUUUUGAUUCUGGUAUCCCUCCUGGAGUUGAUAUCGAAACUGGAUCUUCACUUGCAGUUCAGCAACAAUUGCCAAUAUUGCUCAAAAGAUGUCUCAAUAGAGCAAGUGAUUUGAAACUUAUUCAUCUUGUCAUAUUCAGCCGUCUUGCAUUGGCAAAAUUUGACUUGAAGCAUGUACAAAGGUCACCAAUUUCAUUUGGGUUAAAGGUUUCGACAAAACUGAGAACGUAUCCUGUUGAUGUUUGCAAGGACUUGAGGUUAAGCUGCUACGCUUUUAGUGAAUCAGGGAUAGAUCCAAUGUCUUUAAUAACUGGAGGCACUUUAAGCAAUUUAUCUGUGAAAAAUACAGGAUCAUCAUUAAUAAUGGGGGAUAUUUCAAAAAUACGCGGUCCCAUUUCUCGAUCUAUAUUGCAGCUGGUUGGCAAUUCUUUCUUGCUUCGGUCCACCUCAUGGGAAAUGUAUGGGAGUGGUCCACUGGUUCGGUUAAAUGCGUUAGUUCAUGCUAUGUGUUACGCAGAUUCUGCCAGUGCAGAUGAUUUAUGUCUAGCAUAUGUGAAACUUAUUCAACAUCUUGCAAUGUUCAAGGGAUAUAAAGAAGCUUUUGCAGCAUUGGAUUUGGCAGAAAAGAGAUUCUCAAUGGUUAUUAAGUCUCGUAUCCAUCUACUGAAGCUGCAGUUAAUUCAUGAUCGUGCUCUGCAUCGUGGUGAGUUAAAAUUGGCCUAUCUAGUCUGCAAUCAGUUGGGAGCACUGGCUUCUCCUUUAUCUGGAGUUGAUAUGGAUCUCAAGGUUGAAGCAAGCCUUCGCCAUGCUCGUACUCUUCUUGCUGCAGAACAAUUCAAUGAGGCAACGUCAGUUGCUCAUUCACUUUUCUGUAUGUGUUACAAAUUCAACAUGCAAGUUGAAAGUACAAGUGCUCUUCUUUUGCUGGCAGAAAUCUAUAAGAAAUCAGGAAAUGCAAUCUCUGGCUUGCCCUAUGUGUUGGCAAGUUUGUCUAUAUGUCAGUCUUUCAACCUUGAUCUCCUUCAAGCUACAGCAUUGCUGACUCUGGCAGAGUUAUGGUUAAAUCUUGGAGUUGGCCAUGCAAAACAUGCAUUAGCUUUUUUGUACCAGAGUUUGCCAAUCAUUCUUGGUCAUGGUGGCUUGGAGCUUCGUGCACGUGCUAAUCUUGCCAUCACCAAAUGUCAUUUGGCAGUCCCAGAUUUUUCAGUUUCUGCAGAACCAGAUGCUGUUCUGAAUCCUUUACGACAAGCUGCUAAGGAAUUCGAAGUCUUGGAGUGUCAUGAAUUAGCGGGUGAAGCUUUUUAUUUGAUUGCAGUCAUUUUCAACUCUCUUGGAAAUCUUAAAGAGAGGGACAUUUCAGCUGCUUUGUUUCAAAAACAUGUAGAAUUACAAAAUUCUGCCCGAAAGCAAGAUCCAGUUAUUUUUGCCCAUUAGCAAGUUGGAAUAAUUUAUUCAUCUUCAUGAAAGCAAGAUCCAGUUAUUUUUGCCCAUUAGCAAGUAGUAUUAAUUCAUUUUGACAUGCAGUGACGACCAAUUUUAGAAACACAAUAAUAAGCUGUAAUCUCUUGUCUAACCAAUUUGUGGGUUUCUCCAUAUCUUAAAACAUAGGAGUCCUUAAAAUAAUUUUAGCCCUCAUAUAUUUGGAAUUCUAGAUUCUAAACUAUGUCCUUUUUGGAAUGUUCCAUAACAAGAUGCUGUCUUUAAUAUAACUGCCUUUACAAAGAUUCUUACUUCAAUAUGUACAGAAUAUAAUCCAGUUUUAUCCCAUUUUUUACCUCUUUUGGAUGGGACAAAUUAUAGACGGAAUGCCACUCUUGUGAACUGUUGAAAAUUA